AUGGUCAGUGUCGCUGAUAAAUUCAACCGCUACGCUGCGGCGCUUGGCGUUGGAUUGGUUCUCGCAAUUGUGCUUUUCCUGACGACAAGCCAUAAACCGGUCCUCGACCCCAAGCACCCAUUGUGUGAACAGCGACCCUAUAUCGAGCCCGAGUAUGGUCAUUUGGCAAACUCCAGUCAGUUCGUGAGUGAAGAGUACAAGAAAAAGUCCGUUGAGCUUUUUGCUGGUGCGAUCCGCAUCCCUACUAUGAGCUACGACGACCUGGCCAUGGACCCCACCAAGGACGAGCGUUUCAACGUAUUCAAGGAUAUGCACAAUUACCUGUUCAAGAGUUUCCCCUUGGCAUCAAAGCAUGUCGAGACGGUUAAUACCUAUGGCUUGCUAUAUACUAUAGAGGGAACUAACCCAUCCCUUAAGCCGGUUCUGCUUAUGGCCCAUCAGGAUGUUGUCCCCGUUAACAACGACACGAUUGACCAAUGGACUUAUCCUCCAUUUGAUGGCCACUUUGACGGUGAGUUCCUGUGGGGUAGGGGUACUUCCGACACCAAAAACUCUUUGGUCGCUCAAUUGGAGGCCAUUGAAAGCCUGCUUUCCCAGGGUUGGGUUCCUAAGCGCACUGUGAUCUUGUCGUUUGGCUUUGAUGAAGAAAUUACUGGCUUCCGCGGCGCUUAUCCCAUCUCUCGUCUCCUCCACGAGCGGUAUGGAACCCACGGUAUUGAGGUGAUCGUUGACGAGGGCAUUGGUAUCGUUCCUUUCGGCGGUUCAAUUUUCGCGUCUCCUGCUGUCACCGAAAAGGGUCGUGUUGAUUUCAAGAUUUUGCUGAACACCCCUGGUGGUCACUCCUCAAUGCCUCCUGAUCAUACUGGUAUUGGUAUAAUUUCUGAGCUUGCGUUCGAACUGGAGGCUAAUCCUCUUAGUCCAGUUAUUCAGAAAGGCAGUGUUGUCGAAAAGUUCUUCGACUGUAUGGGUGAACACGCUGCUGAUCUCAAAGACUCCGAACGUAAAAAGUUUUUGCGCUCCAGCACUCACGACAAGCUUUUACCAAUUCUUGAGAGUGAUCCUGCUACUCGCUUCAUUGUCAAGACCAGCCAAGCUAUUGAUAUUGUCCAGGGUGGCGUCAAAAUUAACGCUUUGCCCGAGAAUGUCGAGCUGCAGGUUGACCACCGUAUUGCUGUUCACCAAAACCUGGACGACCUUCGUAGCCGCAUGAAUGAAUUCGUCAAGAAGGUUGCCACUAAACAUGGCCUUGGUCUUGAGUUCGAUGGCAAGACUAUCCUUAAAAAGACACCUCUCGGUAGCUUCAAUGUUUCAACGUUUGGUGGCAUGAACACUGCCCCCAUUUCUCCUUACAAGGGUGAAGUCUGGGAUUUACUUGCUGGAACCACUCGUCAUGUUAUUGACGAUGUUAUUGACCACCCCUACGGCCCUGUUUUCAUGGCUCCUAGCCUCAUGACUGCCAACACUGAUACUGCGCAUUUCUGGGAUGUUUCAGAAAACAUUUUCCGCUAUUUGCCUGUCUUCAUGUCGGACACUAACAACAUUCACACCGUCGACGAGUCGCUAAACAUUCGCAGUCACAUUAGUUGCGUUGUAUGGUACUAUGAAUUCUUAGUUAACGCUUGUAACUAG